CAUGGCGAGUGCGCGACGUGGGCCCGCAGACCCGCGACCACCCAAGCCUCCUCCUCCGCGGCUGCCGCUGCUGCUGCUGCUCGCCGCAGUCCUCGCUGCCCGCACCACCUCUGCACAGCAGCAGCUGUACAGCUUCACCGAGAAGCAGCGCUACGAUGGCUGGUUCAACAACCUCGCCCAUCCCGACUGGGGAGCUGUCGACAACCAGCUGACCCGCAAGACGCCGCCGUCGUACGCGGACGGCGUGUACAUGCUGGCGGGCCAGAGCCGGCCCAGCCCGCGCCGCCUCAGCCAGAUGUUCAUGCGGGGGCAGGACGGCAUGGCCUCCGCCCGCAACAGGACAGCGCUGCUCGCCUUCUUCGGCCAGGUGGUGAGCUCCGAGGUGCUGAUGGCCAGCGAGAGCGGCUGCCCCAUCGAGGUGCACCACAUCGAGGUGGAGAAGUGCGACGAGAUGUACGACCGCGAGUGCGAGGGCGGCAAGUCAAUCCCCUUCCACCGCGCCGGCUACGACCGCCGCACCGGCACCAGCCCCAACAGCCCCAGGGAGCAGACGAACCGGAUGACGGCGUGGAUCGACGGCAGCUUCGUCUACAGCACGAGCGAGGCGUGGGUGAGCGCGAUGCGCUCCUUCCAGAACGGCAGCUUCAAGACGGACGCCUCCGGCCGGCUGCCCAUCCGGAACACGAUGCGCGUGCCGCUCUUCAACUCGCCUGCGCCACACAUGCUGCGCAUGAUGAGCCCCGAGCGCCUCUUCCUGCUGGGAGACCCGCGCACCAACCAGAACCCGGCGCUGCUCACGUUCGGCAUCCUGUUCUUCCGCUGGCACAACGUCGUGGCGCGCCGCGUGCAGCGCCAGCACCCCGACUGGCCCGACGAGGAGGUCUUCCAGCGCGCCCGCAGAUACGUCGUCGCCACGCUACAGAACAUCAUCGCGUACGAGUACCUGCCGGCGUUCAUGGGGGAGGCGCUGCCGCCGUACGAGGGCUACAAGCCGGACGUCCACCCAGGCGUCAGCCACGUCUUCCAGAGCGCCGCCUUCCGCUUCGGCCACACGCUCAUCCCGCCGGGCAUCUACCGGCGCGACGCCGCCUGCCGCUACCGCUCCACGUCGAUGGGCCACCGCGCCAUCCGCCUCUGCUCCACCUGGUGGGACUCCAAUGACGUGCUGUCGAACAGCUCGCUGGAGGAGCUGCUGCUGGGGAUGGCGUCGCAGAUCGCGGAGCGUGAGGACACGGUGCUGUGCUCCGACGUGCGGGACAAGCUGUUCGGCCCCAUGGAGUUCUCCAGGAGGGACCUGGGCGCGCUCAACAUCAUGCGCGGCCGCGACAACGGCCUGCCCGACUACAACACCGUCAGGUCGUACUUCAGGCUGCCCCGCAUCAAGGAGUGGUCGCACAUCAACCGGAAGCUGUUCGCGGCGCGGCCGGACCUGCUGCGCAGACUCGCCUCGGUGUACAACAACCGGCUGGACAACGUGGACCUCUACAUCGGAGGCAUGCUGGAGUCGGACGACGGGCCGGGCGAACUGUUCCGCGCCAUCAUCAGGGAGCAGUUCACCCGCAUCCGUGAUGCCGACCGCUUCUGGUUCGAAAACGUCGAGAACGGCAUUUUCAGCGAGGAGGAGAUCGCGGAGAUCCGUCGCGUGCGGCUGUACGACGUGAUCGUGAACAGCACCGACGUGGGGCCCGACGACAUCCAGCGGAACGUCUUCUUCUGGACGGCCAGCGACCCCUGCCCGCAGCCCGUGCAGCUCAACGCCAGCCUGCUCGAGCCCUGCAAGUACCUCAAGGGACACGACUACUUCGAGGGCAGUGAGGUCCCGUACAUCUACGCGUGCCUGUUCCUGGGCUUCGUGCCCAUCUUGUGCGCUGGCUGCGGCUAUGGGGUGAUCAAGCUCCAGAACAGGAGGAGGCGGCGUCUGCGCAUGCGCCAGGAGGAGCUGAAGCAGCGCUGCGUGGACAAGAUGGCGGUCCGGGAGUGGCUGCACGCCAACCACCGCCGUCUGGUGAAGGUGCGCUUCGGCCCAGAGGCAGCCAUGCACACAGUCGACAGGAAGGGCGAAAAGCUGCGCACCGUGUGCUUCAAGGGCUACGAUGCGCUCACCGUCGAGGAAUCGCAGGCGUGCGGCAGCGGCGGGAAGCGGCCGCUGGUGCUGGUGCGCGUCCCUCACGACCACGACCUGGUGCUCGAGUUCGACACGCUCGCUGCGCGCAGAAAGUUCGUUUCGAAACUCGAGGCCUUCCUCGGCUCACACAAGGUGCGGCUGGUGACGGUGCCCGGGCAGCGCGACGCGAUGCUGGCCAACGCGGAGACGCGCGAGCGGCGGCAGCGCCGGCUGGAGCACUUCUUCCGCGAGGCGUACGCCCUCACGUUCGGCCUGCGGCCCGGCGAGAAGCGCCGUCGCUCCAACAUGGCGGGCGAGGUCGUCACCGUGAUGCGCACCUCGCUCUCCAAGAGCGAGUUUGCCAGCGCACUCGGCAUGAAGCCCGACGCCGUCUUCGUGCGCAAGAUGUUCAACAUCGUCGACAAGGACGGCGACGGCCGCAUCUCCUUCCAGGAAUUUCUGGACACCGUCGUCUUGUUUUCGCGCGGCAAAACAGAGGACAAGCUGCGUAUCAUCUUCGACAUGUGCGACAACGACCGCAACGGCGUGAUAGACAAGGGCGAGCUGUCGGAGAUGCUGCGGUCCCUGGUGGAGAUAGCGCGCACCACCAGCCUGUCGGACCAGCACGUGACGGAGCUGAUCGACGGCAUGUUCCAGGACGCGGGCCUGCAGCACAAGGACUCCCUCACCUACAGCGACUUCAAGCUCAUGAUGAAGGAGUACAAGGGCGACUUCGUGGCCAUCGGCCUCGACUGCAAAGGCGCGAAGCAGAAUUUCCUAGACACUUCGACCAAUGUCGCCAGAAUGACUUCCUUCCAUAUUGAACCACCACAAGAGCAAAGACGCAACUGCCUGCAGCAAUGGUGGGACAGCAUAACUACAUAUUUAGAAGAAAACCGACAGAAUAUAUUUUAUCUCUUCGUGUUCUACGUCAUUACAGUGGCACUCUUCAUUGAAAGAUUUAUACAUUAUUCUUUCAUGGCUGAACACACAGACCUGCGGCACAUUAUGGGCGUUGGGAUUGCCAUAACAAGAGGAUCAGCUGCCUCACUCAGCUUUUGCUACAGCCUGCUAUUGCUGACUAUGUCACGAAACCUUCUCACAAAACUUAAAGAAUUUUCUGUGCAACAGUAUAUACCUCUAGAUGCUCAUAUACAGUUCCAUAAGAUUGCUGCGUGCACUGCAUGCUUUUUUUCACUUGUACACACUGUUGGUCACAUUGUCAAUUUCUAUCAUGUGUCAACGCAGCCUAUUGAACAUCUUCGAUGUCUUACAUCCGAAGUACAUUUUCCUUCUGAUUACAAACCAGGAAUAAGUUUUUGGCUGUUCCAGACUUUAACAGGUAUAACAGGUGUGCUGCUGUUCGUUAUAAUGGUUAUAAUAUUUGUCUUUGCUCACCCAACAGUUAGAAAAAAGGCAUACAAUUAUUUUUGGACCACUCACAGUCUAUACAUUUUGCUGUACUUACUUUGUUUAAUACAUGGUCUGGCGAGACUCACCGGUUCUCCAAGAUUCUGGAUAUUUUUCAUCGGUCCUGGCAUUAUUUACGCCCUUGACAAGGUUGUUAGCCUGAGGACAAAAUAUAUGGCCCUUGACAUUAUUGAGACUGAGCUGCUGCCAUCAGAUGUCAUAAAACUAAAGUUUUACAGGCCACCAAAUUUCAAAUAUUUGUCUGGCCAAUGGGUCCGACUCUCUUGUACUGCUUUCAAACCAGAAGAAUUCCAUUCAUUUACAUUAACAUCAGCUCCACAUGAAAACUUUUUAUCCUGCCACAUAAAAGCACAAGGACCAUGGACUUGGAAGCUAAGAAAUUACUUUGACCCCUGUAACUUUAACCCUGAAGAAGAUCAUCCUAAGAUUCGUCUUGAGGGACCUUUUGGAGGUGGAAAUCAAGAUUGGUAUAAAUUUGAAGUGGCUGUUAUGGUAGGAGGUGGCAUAGGAGUAACUCCAUAUGCAUCUAUUCUAAAUGACCUUGUCUUUGGUACAUCCACCAACAGAUAUUCUGGUGUUGCAUGCAAAAAGGUAUAUUUCUUGUGGAUCUGUCCUUCACAUCGACAUUUUGAAUGGUUCAUUGAAGUGUUGCGAGAUGUUGAGAAGAAGGAUGUAACAAAUGUUUUAGAGAUACACAUCUUCAUUACACAAUUCUUCCACAAGUUUGACCUAAGGACUACAAUGCUGUAUAUUUGUGAGAAUCACUUCCAGAGACUCUCAAAAAUGAGCAUGUUCACAGGACUGAAGGCUAUAAAUCAUUUUGGUCGACCAGACAUGUCAUCUUUCCUCAAGUUUGUGCAGAAGAAGCAUAGCUAUGUAAGUAAGAUUGGAGUAUUCAGUUGUGGGCCUCGACCUCUUACAAAGAGUAUAAUGGCUGCCUGUGAAGAGGUGAAUAAAGGUCGCAAAUUGCCUUAUUUCAUCCAUCACUUUGAAAAUUUUGGAUAGUGAACAGAAGUAAGGCAUUAGUGUGAUUUGGGAAUGUGUUACCAAGCUACAUAAUUUAUUAAAUACUGUCAUAUACAAUGUUGCAGAAAUUCUUUAGAAACAUUGUCAAAUAGCUGAAUAUUGUAGUUCUCACCUUAAGCAAGAUAAUUUCAGAAUUUGUGUUUGAGAACCCAUUCUUCUGUCACUGUUAUUUAUUUUUGUGUGUCAGUUUGUUAUUGUAAUUCAGUGCUGAAACUGGAGAAAAUAUUUUGAUGAUAUGUGUAGGUUACCUUUCACAGUAAGUAUUACACAUAGAGGAUCUCUAUGCAGUCCCAGAAGAAGAAAAAAUGCUAAAAGUCUUACUUCACUAGAUUAGAAAUAAAUAAAAACAAAGAAUUACAUCAAUCCUUGCUGAGGCUUAUAUGAUGUAGAUGAGGAGGAGGAAUAUAUUGGAUACAUGCUAAAGACUGAUUCUAUUUUUUACUGAACUGUUAUUUGAUACAUAAUGGACUAAUGCGUGCAGAUUUUUAUGUAUAACAGGCAAACAAAACUCUACAAAAGUGAAAUGGCAAUGAUAUCAGUAGUGUGUACCAAAUAUAUGGUUAUUUUCUAUGGCAAAAUGUCUGUUGUGGCUUUGAAACAGAAUUCAAUGCCUUUUAGCCAAUACAAACUCUUUAAUUCAAUUUUAGUGUGAUAAGAGUUAGCAAUAUGAUAUAAUCUGUUACUUUCACUUCUUUUGUCACAAGUUAGAUUGCUACAUUGCACAGGCCAUUUAUAUCCAUGUCUAAAAACAACUAUUGUAGGUAAUUUUUCCUCUUGAAUGGCUCAUGUUUCAGUUCCAUGUUACCUGAUACAACAGUGAGGAAUAAGUGACUACACUGCUGAAAUAAUUUCUAUGUACUAUAUUCAGUGAUUACUGAAGGAAAUUUCAGAGUAAAUGGUCAUGAAAAUUCAAUAACAUGAAUUUUAUAACACACGAAGUUUAGAGUAUGUGUUUAGUUAUUUACUUGUGUAUCUUAUGGGUGGUGAGAUGAUAAAAAAUUUACUCCUUACAUAUUAUUUCUGCUGCAGAACUGAAGUGUUAAGCAUCUUAAAAAGUUAAGUAAUAUUUCAUUACUUGCUGAAAACAGAACUUCAUUUCUUCAUACAUUAAACCUUAUGCUGAGCACUAUGUGGAAGACCUGUAAUGAAACAACACAAUUACCUUUUUAGAAUUUCAUGCAGGGAUCUAAAAACAGCUAUUUGUCUGCUUCAGUUUCAUAAAAAGAAACAUUUUUCAAUUAAUUUAUCAGGUAUAAUUAAUAUAUUUUGCAUUUAUAUUGACAAAACACAUCAUGGCCACCACUGAUCAGUCUUUAAAUAAAUAUAUUUUUGGUUUAAUAAGUGAUAAUGUCAUCCAAUACAUGACUGUUAAAUUGUUAAACUUGAACCAUCUUCCACAAAGAGAAAGUGAAACUAAUUUCUGCAUUAUUCCAAUUAUGUUAUUAUCAAAGUAAUUGAAAUCUAAAGUUCAUACAUUUGAUAGAGUAAGUUUUAUAUACAAUAGGUUCACAGUCUGUUAUACUUGCUACAGCUGUUUUCUACAAGUGCAGAAUAUUCUGUGAAAAGAGAGGCAGCAUGACUCUAAAUCAGUAUUGCCAUAAAAUAAAUUUUUACUAUAUUUUUGUAUUGAAAGCAGAUCUUUGCCAUGUAAUAGGUGAAAGUACUGUUUGAUUAGUGUAACGAUUAAUGUUCCUGACUCUGUUGUGUAAGGCUGGAGAUCAGUAUUCUGGUGUGAAUGAGGUAUUAGGAUAGGAAUCAACUUUAUUUAUUUAUUUCUGUUAAUGGUAGAAAUGCAGUGAUGAUGUAUUUAAGAGAAAAACAUAACCCCGUGUAUAUGAUCAUUCUGUAAAUAUAACAUAUGUAAUUACAUUGCUGUAAAUAAUGUUACAUAGUGCAAAUAAAAUGUGUAAAUUAC